AUGGGGAAGAAAGGGAAGAAGGAGAAGAAGGUGAAGGGGGCGGAGAAGACGGCCGCCAAGAUGGAGAAGAAAGUCUCCAAGAGGUCCAAAAAGGAGGAGGAGGAUCUGGAGGCUCUGAUCGCCGAGUUCCAGUCUCUGGAUGCCAAGAAGACUCAGGUGGUGGAAACGGCAUGUGCUCCCCCCAGCCCAAGGCUGAAUGCCUCACUCACCCCCCACCCUGAAAAGGACGAGCUGAUUCUCUUUGGAGGUGAAUAUUUCAAUGGCCAAAAAACCUUUCUAUAUAAUGAGCUGUAUAUUUACAAUAUAAAGAAGAACAGCUGGAAUAAAAUCGACGUUCCAAACCCGCCACCUCGGCGUUGUGCGCAUCAGGCAGUGGCAGUACCCCAGGCUGGUGGCCAGAUUUGGGUCUUCGGAGGAGAAUUUGCAUCUCCUGAUGGGGAGCAGUUUUACCACUACAAGGACCUGUGGGUGCUUCAUCUCGCUAACAAGACAUGGGAGCAUAUCAAGUCUACUGGGGGCCCCUCUGGAAGAAGCGGGCACCGUAUGCUUUAUACCAAGAGACAGCUGAUCGUGUUUGGAGGAUUCCAUGAGAGCACAAGGGACUACAUCUAUUAUAAUGACCUAUACACAUUUAACCUUGACACCUUUACGUGGGCCAAGAUCUCCCCGUCUGGGACGGGUCCUUCACCACGGUCAGGAUGCCAAAUGACUACCACACAGGAUGGCAACGUGGUCCUCUAUGGUGGUUAUUCCAAGCAGAGAGUAAAAAAGGACGUUGAUAAAGGGACCGUCCACACAGACAUGUUCUUACUGAAGAUGGAGGGUGCAGAUAAAUGGACUUGGACCAGGCUAAACCCAUCUGGUGUGAAGCCUAACCCUCGGACAGGUUUUGCCAUGGCGGUUGGCGUUAACAACCGAAGUGUUCUCUUUGGGGGUGUCUUUGAUGAGGAAGAGGAGGAAAGUAUCGAAGGGGAUUUCUUCAAUGACAUCUACUUUUAUGAUCAGGCAAAGAAUCGCUGGUUUGCUGGCCAACUUAAAGGCCCCAAAUCAGAGCGAAGGAAGAGGCGGCGCGGUGACAAGAGCGUAGAGGCUGAAUUAGCUGGCAGUGACGAGGCAUCUGCUCAGUACCCCGCAGAACCCAUAGAAAUCAUCAAGGAGGUUGUGGCUGAAGAUGGGACUGUGAUGACCAUCAAGCAGGUGAUCUCCAGCCAGGCAGGACCAGCUAGUGACCAGGAGGACAGUGCCGAAGAAGAAGAGGAUGAGAAGGAAGAGACAACAGGGCCACGGGUAGAGCCGUGCCCACGCUCCAACACCAUGAUCACCGUCAGGCAGGGGCUCCUUUAUGUGUAUGGAGGAAUGUUUGAGGUUGGCGACCGCCAGUUCACGCUGAAUGACUUCUACUGCCUUGACCUUCACAAGAUGGAUGAGGAAUGGAAAGUGUUGGUGGAAAUGGACCCAAAGACACAAGAGUGGCUUGAUGAAUCGGACUCUGACGGUGAUGACGAAGGAGAGACAGAAGGCGCAGAGGGAGGAGCAGAGGAAGAAGAGGAUGAAGAUGAUGAAAGCGAUGAUGACGAGCAUCCCGCAGUGGAACCGAAGGAGAAGUACUCAGAUUACCUGGCCCGGACAGAGCAGUACUGGAUCCAGCUGGCCCGAACCAACCUGGGGUCUGAGGGCAAAGAAAAAAAAGUGCUGAAAGUGGCACAUGCCAUGGCAAAGACAUUUUACGAGUUUAGGGAUUAG